AUGACAUCAAACCAACAAGAAGAAGUUUUCGAGUACAAUUGUUCAAUAGGGUUCGGAACAGAUGAAGAGUCUGCCAAUAUCGUGUAUCAAACGAUUAUUGUGGACGAAGAAUUAUCAACAAAGGUCAAACGAAAUGUGAAUUUGCAAUAUGCAUCGGAAGAUAAAAGCCAUAAUUUAAUCAUUAAUUUCAUUUCAUCAGAUGCCAGACAAUUAAGAUCAUCAGUGAAGGGUAUUCUCGAUACCAUCCAUCUAUCCAUUGAAACUCUUGCUAAAUUUGUUGAACAAUAA